AUGAGCAUAGACGGACUUAGAAGACAGCGAGGACGUCUGAAGGCGAAGUUGACGACAAUAGAGUCUUUUGUGACUCGCAUUGAGAACGAUUUGAAUAUUACGGCAACUAAGGAGAUUGAGACACGUCUUCAAUAUUUAGACGAGACAUAUAAUAAAUUUCAAGUCAUAUCACAGCAAUUAGUAUCCCUGGUGCCUGAAGAAGAAUCUGAGAGGGAUGCAAACGAGGAGUUAGAAUUUGACGAACGAUAUGUCACCUUAAAGUCGAUGCUGGUACAUUACAUGGAGCGGCUUAAACCAUCAUUGCCUGCUUCGAGUUCGGAUACUGAGGGUCGUUCGGUGGAUUCAUUGGCGGCGAUUCUAGAACAGCAAACCGCGCUCCUUGAGCGGUUGUCGGAGCGAUCGAGUGAGGCGGGCGGCGAUGUGUUGUCACAAUUGUUAGCACAGCAGACUCAGGUGUUGGAAAGAGUAAGUGUACAGUCAGGAGCAUCGCGGGAGCCUCAUGUCAAGCUGCCGAUCAUCAGAUUGCCCACAUUCAGCGGGAACAUUGAAGACUGGAAGAGAUACUCAGACAUGUUUAAAACAUUAAUACACGACAGUGAAUUGUCGAGCGUACAAAAGCACCAGUAUUUAGUUGGAUCUUUAAGCGGUCCAGCAGCACGAAUAAUAGAAUCGAUUGAGAUCUCGGAACAGAAUUAUGCGAUUGCUUGGGAGCUACUAAAGGGGCGGUACGAGGAUGAGAGAGCCAUUAAAAAGCGACACAUCCAGUGCCUGUUUGAGAUGCCGCGGGUGCAUCGAGAAUCCGCUGGCGCAAUUCAGAGUCUCGUGGAUCACGUUCAAAAACAUUUGAGAAUUUUGCAGUCGAUGAAACUUCCCACGGAGUCCUGGGGAGAGCUCAUAAUAUUUCUGAUUGAAAGAAAUCUGGAUAACGUCACGAGAAAGUCUUGGGAAGAACAUAUUGAACAACAGGAAAAUAUACCAACUAGUGUUAUCCUGGAUUUUCUACAGCGUCGAUGCCAAGUACUAGAGCGGGCAUCCUUGAACGGAGACUCGAGAGACCACGUCGACCAUAAUCGACCAACCACGAGACCAUAA